GGUUAGGCACAAGUCAAUCUGCACAAGCAACUGGCGACCAACUACGGAGUAGUAGCUAGUGUUGUAACAAGCUAGUACAGUAAUGGCGGCUUCGUUGGGACUGAACCCUGAAGCUGUCUUCAGCUCCGCCUUCGCCUACUCCUCCCCUUUCGUGGCCGAUCACUGCGCGCCGCCCGCCCGCGCCGUCGUCGACGAUACUGAUUACGCGGCUCAGCUCGACCUCCACGACGAUCAUCAGCACUACCCUUUCGACCAGUUCGAGUACUCGCCGCCGACGCCGACGGCACAGAUCUCCUUCGCCGGCGCCGGGGAUGAUGAACAUCGCAGCGAGAAGACGAUCAAGAUCAGUACGAGGGUGAGCGCAGGGAGGAUCGGGUUCAGGACGAGGUCAGAGGUGGAAAUCUUGGACGACGGUUUCAAGUGGAGGAAGUACGGGAAGAAGGCGGUGAAGAACAGCCCGAACCCGAGGAACUACUACCGGUGCUCGGCGGAGGGCUGCGGCGUCAAGAAGCGCGUGGAGAGGGACCGUGACGACCCCCGCUACGUCGUCACCACCUACGACGGCGUCCACAACCACGCAACGCCCGGCGCCGCCGAGCAGUACUACUGCUACAGCCCCCCGCGCAGCGUCGUCAGCUCGCCGCCAACAGCGUAUUCCGCCGCUGGCCUACUGCAAUUCUGAACCAAACCAGCUAAUUCCGUUCUGCUUUUCAUACAGUAGAAACUAGAAAGCUCAAAACUUCUGUUUUGCCGAUCGAUGGAUUUCAUCGUCGGUCCGAGUUCUUGGUAUACAGGGCAUGUAUAUGUAGCUAGUAUUGUUCAACUUGCAGCCAUAUUGCUAAUUUAGUCCAAAA